CUUCUCUCUUCUCAUUCCUAAUCCUACCAUCUUCUCUCACCUUCUUCUUCUUCUUCUUCUUCAACUUCAACGAGGGACGAAGCUAAUCAACUUAGGAAACAAAAACACAUUAUGGCUGUCGAUCUAAUGCGUUUCCCCAAGAUAGAUGAUCAAACGGCUAUUCAAGAAGCUGCAUCGCAAGGUUUACAGAGUAUGGAGCAUCUGAUCCGCGUCCUCUCUAACCGUCCCGAACAACAACACACCGUUGACUGCUCCGAGAUCACUGAUUUCACCGUUUCCAAAUUCAAAACCGUCAUUUCUCUUCUUAACCGUACCGGUCACGCCCGGUUUAGACGCGGACCUGUUCGCUCAUCCCCCGUCGUAUCUCCUCCACUCCCACAGAUCGUUAAAACUGCUCCGAUUGUUUCGCAGCCGUCUAGAACAACGACUAAUCUUCCUCAAACCGCUCCUCCUCCGUCGAGCUUCGUCCUUCCGAGUCAGCCCAGCGUCACACUCGAUUUCUCUAAACCGACCAUCUUCGGUUCCAAAUCCAAAAGCUCCGACCUAGAGUUCUCGAAGGAGAACUUCAGCGUCUCUUUAAACUCUUCCUACAUGUCGUCGGCGAUUACCGGAGACGGCAGCGUCUCAAACGGGAAAAUCUUCCUCGCCUCUGCUCCGUCGCAGCCAGUUACCUCCUCAGGAAAGCCACCGUUGGCCGGUCAUCCUUACAGAAAGAGAUGCCUCGAGCACGAGCACUCCGAGAGUUUCUCCGGCAGAGUCUCCGGCUCAGGUCACGGGAAAUGCCAUUGCAAAAAAAGCAGGAAAAACAAGAUGAAGAGAACCGUGAGGGUACCGGCGAUAAGUGCAAAGAUCGCCGAUAUUCCACCGGACGAGUACUCGUGGAGGAAGUACGGACAAAAGCCGAUCAAAGGCUCACCACACCCACGUGGUUACUACAAGUGCAGUACGUAUAGAGGAUGUCCAGCAAGGAAACACGUGGAACGAGCGUUAGAUGAUCCAACGAUGCUUAUCGUUACGUACGAAGGAGAGCACCGUCACAACCAAUCCGCGGGGGGAAUGCACGAGACUAUUUCUUCUUCAGGCGUUAAUGAUUUAGUUUUUGCCUCCUCUUGACUUUUGUAUUGUUUUCCUUUUUUUGAUUCUUUGGAUUUGAGUACUUACUUUAGUAGAUGGGUUGAUUUGUAAAUUGUUUUUUUUUUCUUUCUAAGAAAUAUAUUUAGAUAAAAAUUAGUCGUGGUUUGUUCAUUUUUUAA